AUGCACUUCUUCACAGCCGCCUUCUCGCUCUUCGCAGCAGCUGCCACCGCCUUCCCUACCAAGCCCAACUUCCUCACUCUACCUGUCUCUCGUGACGCUGGCAAUGUCUACGUCUGCACCGAUGCCAACUUCACAGGUCACUGCGAAUACCUGAAGCAACCAUUGGACACAUGCGUCGUUCUUCCCGACAGCCUCAGCAAGAAAGUGUCAUCCUUCGGUCCAGACGCUGGCUCAACUUGCCUGUUGAUGCAAGGCUCUUGCAACGAUGCCAUGCCCUACCGUCAAGCCUCUUACCCUGGCAUCUCCGACCUGCGCAACGUCACCUUUGAUGACAUGGCGACUAGCUUCAUCUGCCUGCACCAGUAA